UGUGCAGCGUGCAGCGAAGUGUGCAAGAGUUUAGGAUCCCCUUUUCACCCAGGGCCAACCCCGCUACCCCAUCCCCCGCGAUUACCAACACCCCUCUUCCAGAACCUCGGCUCAUCAUCCUUACACUCUCUGUCUCUUCUCCUCUUCCACUCUGUUUGUCGCCAUGGACUCCUCGGACCUCAACUCCUCGCAGCGUCGGCGGCAGUCCACCAUCAUCUUCCCGGCCGCAGCCACCUCGUCGUCCUUUGUACUUCUCGACGAUUCUGCAUCUAGUUCUCAUCUCUCGUCGUCCUCCAACACCCCAAAGCCGCCCACACCCUCUCUAUACAGCACUGGAAGCAGUAAUAACAUUAGCAACAGUAAUAAUCGUAGCUCGAUCGGCAUCUGGGGCGGAAGCAAAUCGGCUGCCAGCUCCCCUAAUUUAACUAAUAUGAGCAAGAACAACGACUUUUUCGGGCCCUAUCCUUUUCAAGGUGCAGCCUCAGAGAUAGGAUCAGCAUCAGAGAUGUCUAGAUCGGGGUUAGGCAAAGGUACAGAAUCAGCGUCUGGAUCAAAAUCUGAAUCUGGAGCAAGGAUAGGAACCGAUGCAACAACAGGAUCCGCUUCGAAUGACCAAGGCACUUCAAGCAGCCCUACCUCCUUUCAGCAGCGUCGUAAGCGGAGUGAAAGCAUCGGAGGAGGAGGAGGUUUCAAGUCCACCGCAGGAACUAUUACAAGGAUAGUCCGCAAGAGCAGCAGCAACUUCUUGCGCAAACUCGUGAAAAGCUUUGACGACAGGGAUGCGCCCCCAAUCCCGGUGAUGCCGUCCCACAAUAACAAUAGCACUGUCAGCCACCAAUCCGACUCUUCGGCCACAGCCAGCAUAAAUAACUCUGUUAUAUCCAGCACGACCACUGCCUUUGCGUCGGCGGAACUCCCUCCAUUGACGCCAACGAACCAAAAUAUGGGGUUUGAACCCUUGGAAAACGACCCAUCCAUCUCGGGAAAUGACAUCGACGAAAAGCUGACAGCAGGCGAACAUCAGUUUGGACAGAAGCAGGGCCUUUUGCAUCCUGAAUCUGCAGCACAUCCCAUUCCCAUUCGGAAACCAUCAAAGUCGUCGGAUCUUGAUAUAGAACUGGACCAAGAGCUGUCCAACUCUGUCUCGACAGUGGAAUCUUGGUUAAAGAGAUCUCAGGGGGAAGCAGAAGAAUCUGCGGCCGCAGAUAUGGCUAUUCCUACUACAUCAACGACGACCGCUGAUAUGGAUAUCAUCCCGACAACCAAAUCUACAUUACCAACCUCUACCUCCAGCACGAACACUGCAAAUCCCAUAAACACCAAAGGCUCUGAAAAGUCGCGACGUCCUUCACAUGCGUCCUCUACAGUGUCGACCAUUGAUGAUGACGAUGGCUCUGACGGUGAAGACAUCCGUGUACCCAUGUCUGCCCUGAGCCUGGGAGCGAACAGGCUGUCGAGAUUGUACGAAGCAGAGUCCAUGCAGUUGACGCAGUCAGAAACAUCCCUUUAUUACUCCACAAAGUCCACCAUCGAGGACGAGACAGAUCUGCAAGGUGGCCAUGGAGGAUCAAGCAGCAGCACUGUACAUAAAACGACUUCGUUGGCGGCCAAUGCAGCCAGGAAUUCGAUCCGCUUUUCAGAGUUUGGACUGAUGCCGCCGUCGUCGCCCUCCAACAACAGCACCGAUCUGCCCUUAAUAUUAAAUUCUGCCCGCCGGCCUGAAAAGCCUCUACCCCCCAGACCCGUUUCGCUAUUUAUACCACUCAGUACUUCGACGACCUUUACCAUUACGGAAGAUCACGUUGCGAAACCGGAACACGGCCAUACAAUCGAAACCUCGCUUCAAACACCAGUCUCAUCAGCGCAUGGUAGCCCUGCAUCGCUGAGCACCCAUCGCCGAUCCUCUGUUAGCACACCGCUUCCUUCCUCAAUGGAAUUAACGGAAAAUCAUUUGGCAACGCCGACCAGCAAUAAUACCCUUAGUGUGUCAGGGUCCAGAGUUUCGACUGGAAUGCGGCCAGCUACGAUCUGUGUCAGCCCUGAGGAAGCAGGCAAGUUAGCGCCUGUUGCAGUUUCGGUCACGAUCAGGCCGCUGGCAUCAUUGGACAUGUUCUUACCAGCAUCUGAACCGCAGGAAGAGUCCCCAGAGGCUUUAGCACAACGAACUGGUAACCGGUGUUUUCAGGAAGACAAUACAUUCUUGCGCCGGGACGAGAUCUCGAUUUUUUUGGGGCAGCCCAAGCCAUUCAACCGGCGCGUGCUGCGUUACUACAUGAAGCACUUUGAUUUCUCGGGCAAGCGACUGGACGUAGCCUUCCGACAGCUCUGCCAGAAACUCAUGCUCAAGGGCGAAACCCAGGAGGUGGAUCGUAUCCUGGAGGGGUUUGCGCAACGGUUCAUCGACUGUAAUCCGCAGUCGGUCUUUGGAUCCAAAGAUGUGGUCCAUGCGAUCACGUACUCCAUUCUUUUGCUCAACACAGAUUUGCAUGUUGUCCAGCAGUCCAGCUCCAGCAAAAUGUCGCGCUCCGCUUUCGUCAAGAACACAUUGCAGGCAGUUCAGCAGCAAGCAGUGCAGCAGCAGCAACAGGAUGAGAGGGCUUCAGAGGAACUGAGCGCUCACGGUCUUCCGUUCACAAGAUCUGCGACCGGGGAUUCCAGUCUUCACGGCUCUGGAGGGAAGAAAAAGACUCCGAGCGUAAAGAGCUGGAAAUCGGGCACGUCACAUCAAAGCAAGACCUCGAAAAUGGGUCCGGAUCCCAAAGCAAAUGGAGGUCAUGGAAACGGCAAGUGGUGGAUGAGUGAACUGGAGUCGCUGCUUAAGGAUAUUUACCACACAGUCAAACACAAUCAGAUCCUAUUGCCGACAUCAAAAACCACCUCGGCUACGGCACCAACCACACCAACGCCCCCAGGAUUCCCACAUUCGAUAUCGGGAUCUUCGCUCAGCUCGAGUAGAUCGAGUCCGGGAGGCGGAGCUGGGAGACUGUCGAGACAAGUUCAACCGACCUCUCUUGCUCUGGCUGACUCGAACCAUGCAUCACUUGCUGGGAGCCAAUCCAAUCCUGGAACUGAGCGCACGAGGUCCUUGAUCGGCGCCAUGGGACGGCGCAACUCGGUUAAUGCCAGGAAUAAGCAGCUACGACAGGAUGCUAUGCAACGACUGAAUGCGGCCCAGGCUUCAGAGGGAGGGUCACCCUCCACCUCGCCAUCAUUACCAUCCUCCGCACGCUUUGGCGAGACCCUUACAGGCGAGGGAAGACCAGGGAACAGUGGCAACAGAGGCUUGUCGACACUAACCCUGCCGUCCUCGUCCUCGUCCUCUCAGGUCCACUAUCAUUUGGCGGGUUCGCCCUUACCCUCCCCAGUCUCGAGUGUCUUUUCCCAGCACGAGAUCCAAAUCCGCCCGCCUCACUAUUCAGAAGGGUCUAUAGGAACAGGCGGAGGAGGCAACCCUAGUCAUCGAACCAGGUUCCGGAUGGAGGGCAUCCUGUUUAGGAAACACCUACUAGAGCGCGCCGACAAGAAGGCCUCACACCGCGCAUGGCGUCAACUCCUCGUCGUGCUUGAUCAAGGCGGUCUUUCUCUUUUCCGGGCGGAUGGCCAGCUAGGCCAAGCGUUUGAGGAACAAGGGAUUCUAUUUGAUGAAAUUCGGUUACAACACACAAUUACCAAUAUUCUGCCUCCGCCCGGAUACUCGUCCUCUAGACGACAUGUAUUUGCGGUGCAGUUGUACACGGGCGCUGUAUACCUCUUCCAGGCAGCAACCGCGCGUGAAUGUGAAGAUUGGGCAAGGAUCUGCAAUUAUUGGGCCGCGCGAACCUCUAAGGAGCCCCUGCCUGGAGGGGUCAUCAACAUGGAUUAUGGAUGGGGCCGGUCCCUAGAACUACUUGCUAACAACACGUCAGAUGGAGCCGCAGCGGCAGCAGCAGCAACAGGAGAAGGAGGAGGAGAAAGAUCGGGACAUAACAAUACGAUGAUCUCGACCACGUCUGGCAACUCAAUCCUGUCCUCCUUGUCGACAAUGUCCACGUCUGUCUAUGCGGCCUCGUCUUCGGUCAUGCCUAGUAGCGUCAACAACUCCAGUGGCAGCAGCCUUGCAAUCCCGACCUUAACAGCGCCAUUGUCGUCUGCUGUUUCGGAGGACGACGACGCAAAGUCCGUAAAUAGUUCGAUUCACGCCGGAGUCAGUUUCUUGCACCACCCGCCACCACUCCCUACUCCUGCUUCAUCAUUAACAUCCACAAUAUCCUCAUCUACAGCUCCUGUAAGUGGCGGUGUGGGCACUGCAGCUGUGAGUUCCGCAGUCUCAACCACGACCGCCGUUGCCAGCGGACCUGUCGGAUCAGGACCAGGAUCAGGAUUGGGUACACCUUAUAGUUUUGGCAACUCGGGUGUGGGCAGUGGGCGAUCUGCAUCAAUCAAAUCCACAUCUUCGAAGCAUAGCAGCACAGGCGGGGCAAGCAUUCCUUUGGGGGAUCGCGUCGUGCUCUUUGAAUGGACGCCUCCCCUGCCGACUAUGAGCAUGUCUCAGUUAGCAGAGGAGGAGCAAUGCGAGGCUUUGAAGCGAUACGUGGUAGGACUCGAGGCCGAGAUGGAGGUUCAUCAGGAGCAUAGGAUCCCAAUGAUGAAACUGUUCUUGCCAAAAUCUCACAACUAUGCCAAGGCCUUUAACAACUGGGAGAGGCGAUCGCGCCAUCUUCUCAAAGAGAUGGUCAAGUACCAGAUCUACGUCGAGUGCCUAGAGCAGUCCCUUCAGUUCCAGCGUGAGGAAGAGGCGACUUUGGAGGCUGAGCUGCAACAUCUCGAAGUCGAAGACGACAAUCUCGAUGAUCAUGAUGAUACCAUCGAGUCAAGCGACGCGAAGUAAAAGAGCAGUACAGAUACUGAUGCUGGACAAGACUAACCAAAUAAUGCUUAGAGUUGACUUUAUUCAAAGCAAAUGCCUGAUAUCCUGAAUACUAAAAAUAUACUAUGGUAUUAUGGC